CCAAAGAGAUGAUCCAGAAGUAAUCGGGGUGACUGAAACAACGGGCAGAAUCGAAACACAACCUGAUAAUCAGCAAAUAUCGUUUGGUGAGGAAAUGGAAAAUAGUCAAAUAAAAAGAACAGUUACAACAGUUAAAACAGAAUCGGUCGUGUUAUGCGAAUCCAGUGAUCAGGAUAUUGAGUUUGAGGGAUUUUCUACAGAACAGGGGACAAGAUUAGCGGAACUUGAACAGAAAGACACCAAAAUAGAUGAAUAUAGCGAAAAGCUAAGCAUGGAAACUGAAAGUUCGAAAGGUGAAAAUUUGCCUACUGAUCAAGAAGAUAUAAUUCAAGACGUGGAAAAAAUUGAAUUGAAUUAUAGUCAGCCGGAGACCGAUAUAUCUACUGAAAAUAAACAGGACAAUGGAUCCGGAACAAAAACAACAAUAACUAAGGUGAUAACUCGAACGGUAGAAACAACACCGAUGCCGAGCACUGACCUGGACGAUAGUAGAUUAACGGAAAUUAUUAGAAAAAUUGAAAACAAAGAGCUGGAAGAGGGAGUUGAUGUAACCACAAAGGAACAUGAACAGGAUGGUGUAAAGACAUCAGUUACGACUGUUGUUACACGUAAAGAAGAAACACUACCUAUGGAGUUCUCGGAAGAGAAGUAUAAAGAAUUCAUUCAACAAUUCGAAGCUAUCGAACCAGGACGUAGUGUAUCUGAUGAUAUAGAUAAGGGUGCUAAAACUGUGGAAGAGAAAAUAACUACGUCAGAAGACGGAACGGUCAAGACAAUAACAAGGAUUGAAAGAUGUAGUAUUGAGCGGGAGCCAGUUGUGGUUUUUGGAGGCGAUACAGAUGUAACAAAAGAAAUUCUUGAAAGAACAGAGAGAUAUAUCGAAAGAGGGCCUUCAAUAGAAUACCAAGAACACGAGGAUGAACAGGUGGUGCACGGGGUAACCGCAGAGAUACGAGAAGUGGAUAUAUUGGAGUCAAAAACGGAGUUAGCUUUAUUAGGGGACUUCCAAGCACGAGUUCUACUGGAACACAAUAAAUGUCGUUAUAUUCAUUACUCUCAACCUCUCACCUGGUCUGAUAAACUCGCGAAAGACGCUCAAAUUUGGGCUGUUCACCUUGCUGAAAGUGGAUGCCUCAAACACUCUACAUCCUCCGAUUAUGGCGAGAAUGUGGCUUAUUCUUCCGAACUAUUGGACGGUUAUGAUUUAUCGCAGCUGUGGUACGACGAGAUUAAACACUACAGCUUCCUAAAAUCUGGUUUUACUACUCAAACUGCACAUUUCACUCAAAUGGUGUGGGCUGAUACGCUAGAGAUUGGAGUGGGAAUGGCGCUGGCACCUGAUGGCACUUCCUACUACGUUGCCAGAUACAAUCCUCCGGGGAAUAAGCUUGGCUACUUUGAAGAAAAUGUUCUUUUUCCAAGAGAGAAUGCAGUGGAAGGUCGACCAAGGAAAAAAAAGUCAUCAACUAGUCCACCCAGUCCACCUAAUGAGAUUGAAACCAUUAAACACGAUUGCUUAGUGACCCACAACUACCAUCGAUUUCAACAUGGUGCCGAAGAACUCAGUUGGUCGCCAAUGCUCGCUGUUGAAGCACUGCAUUGUGCAGAAAGAGUCAUUCGCACUGGCUCCAUCCAAAGCAGCGAGACAAAUGACCGUGGUGAAAAUAUAGCGAUGUCGAGCGAUCGAUCCUUUGAUGUAAAAGCAGCUAUUGAAUUAUGGUACAACGAAGAGCGGGAAUAUGAUUAUGAUUCCCCUGCAUUUUCUUCACUCACAAGAAAUUUUAGUCAAAUGUUAUGGAAAGACUGCAAGGAGGUAGGAAUGGCCUUGGCACGGAGUGAUGAUGGAGAAUUGGUUGUUGUCGUGGCAAAAUAUUAUCCUGCAGGAAAUGCAGUUGGCUUGUUCCAGAAUAAUGUUUUCCCAAAGUCAGAAAGAUAAAGAGAUGAUGUCACAUUAAAAACUGCAUGCAAUGGAAAAAUGCUAGAUGAUGACAGCCAAUAAACAAUGGACAGUCGUAGAUAAAAAUAUUUGGAUGUUUUAUUCUGUUGAACUUCCGUUAAAUGAUAUUUAGUAUAAUUUUGCGAAACCAGAAACCAUGUUAGGUCAAUUGCAAUAAGAUUAAUGAGCAUAUUUUAGCUUAGAAGAUAUAAAUGUUCAGUUUAUUGAUUUUUUAGAAUUGUUUUAUCAAAAUUGAGUAUAAUUAUUUAUAAGGAUAUGAUUAUUUUAAGAUGAUGUGAAAAGGCCAUGAGAAUAUAUUAAAUUUAUAUUUCAAUAAUCAAACUAUAGAUCUGUAGUAAAACUAGUUAAAGUAAAAUAAAA